UUUUUCCGCAGGAGUAUCCAGAAGAACAUGGUUUACACAUGUCACAGAGAUAAAAACUGUGUUAUCAAUAAAGUUACCAGAAAUCGCUGCCAGUACUGCAGACUACAGAAGUGCUUUGAAGUGGGAAUGUCCAAAGAAUCUGUCAGAAAUGAUAGGAACAAAAAGAAGAAGGAACCUUCAAAGCAGGAGUCCACAGAAAACUAUGAAAUGACAGCGGAGUUGGAUGAUCUCACUGAGAAGAUCCGAAAAGCUCACCAGGAAACCUUCCCCUCACUCUGCCAGCUGGGAAAGUACACUACGAACUCCAGUGCAGAUCAUCGGGUUCGACUGGACCUUGGGCUUUGGGACAAAUUCAGUGAACUUGCAACAAAGUGCAUUAUUAAAAUAGUGGAAUUUGCAAAGCGAUUGCCAGGCUUUACAAGUUUGACCAUUGCAGACCAGAUAACUCUACUUAAAGCAGCCUGCCUGGAUAUACUGGUAUGUAUUUGUAACAUCAUUGGUGCACUACCAAU